CCCCUGACCGCUAGGCACCGGCCGGGGAGGAGGGCGGCGGCGGCGGCGGGCGAGGGGUGCCCGGCCGCCGGGGCAGGUGCUCGGGGCGGCGCCGUGCCGAGGGCGGAGCCGGCGGCGCUCCCGGCAACGCUGGGCGGUGGCGGCGGCGGGGACGCGGGGAGUGACAGCGGGGCCUGAGCGGAUCGGCGCUGCCCCAUGGCGGCCGCCCGGCUCGGCGGCCCGCCCGCCUGGCGGUGACUCGGGCUCCCCCUCCCGCCCCUCCUCCAGCUCCGCCGCCUCCUCCAGCGCCGCUCGCCCAGCCCGGGCCCGGCCCAGCCGCCUCCCGCCGAGCCCGGUGCGGAGCCGGGAGCCGCGCGGGGGCCAUGACGGUGGAGCAGAACGUGCUGCAGCCCGGCGGCGCCGCCAAGCACCAGCAGACGUUUUUGAAUCAGCUGAGGGAGAUCACUGGUAUCAAUGACAUCCAGGUACUACAACAGGCACUGAAGGACAGCAAUGGUAAUUUGGAGUUGGCUGUGGCUUUCCUCACUGCGAAGAAUGCCAAGGUGCCCCAGCAAGAGGAGGCAACUUACUAUCAGACAGCACUUCCUGGAAAUGACAGAUACAUCAGUGUGGGCAGCCAGGCAGACACGAAUGUGAUUGAUCUCACUGGAGAUGAUAAAGAUGAUCUUCAGAGGGCAAUUGCCUUGAGUUUGGAGGAAUCAAACAGGGCAUUCAGGGAGACUGGAAUAACAGAUGAGGAACAAGCCAUUAGCAGAGUUCUGGAAGCCAGUAUUGCAGAAAAUAAAGCAAGUUUAAAGAGGACGCAUCCAGAGGUAUGGAGUGACUCUCCAAACCCUUAUGAUCGAAAACGGCAAGACAACUGUCCAGUAGGAUUAAAGAAUGUUGGAAACACGUGCUGGUUCAGUGCUGUCAUUCAGUCAUUAUUUAACCUGCUGGAGUUUCGAAGACUAGUUUUGAAUUUCAAUCCUCCUGCAAAUGCUCAAGACUUGCCCCGAAAUCAAAAGGAACAUAGGAAUCUGCCUUUCAUGCGUGAAUUGAGAUACCUGUUUGCACUUCUAGUUGGUUCAAAGAGAAAAUAUGUCGACCCAUCUAGAGCGGUUGAGAUCCUUAAAGAUGCUUUUAAAUCAAAUGAUUCACAACAGCAAGACGUUAGUGAAUUUACACACAAAUUAUUAGAUUGGUUAGAAGAUGCCUUCCAAAUUAAAGCUGAAGAAGAGAGGGAUGGAGAGAAACCAAAGAACCCAAUGGUGGAGCUGUUUUAUGGACGAUUCUUAGCAGUUGGUGUACUUGAAGGUAAAAAAUUUGAAAACACAGAAAUGUUUGGCCAGUAUCCACUCCAGGUUAAUGGCUUUAAAGAUCUGCAUGAGUGCCUCGAAGCUGCAAUGAUUGAAGGGGAAAUUGAAUCUCUCCAUUCAGAAAACUCUGCCAAAUCUGGUCAAGAGCACUGGUUCACUGAGCUUCCUCCUGUCUUAACUUUUGAGCUAUCAAGAUUUGAAUUUAAUCAGGCUCUGGGGAGACCAGAGAAGAUACACAACAAAUUAGAAUUUCCUCCAAUUUUAUACCUGGACAGAUAUAUGCACAAAAAUAGAGAAAUAACAAGAAUUAAACGGGAUGAAAUCAAGAGACUCAAAGAGUAUCUCACGGUUUUACAACAGAGAUUAGAACGAUAUUUAAGCUAUGGUUCUGGUCCUAAACGAUUCCCCUUGGUAGAUGUCCUGCAGUAUGCCUUGGAGUUUGCCUCCAGCAAACCAGUAUGCACAUCUCCAGUGGAUGACCUGGGUGCUAGUGCCCCCUCCAGUGGGACGCUGCCUGCCCAGACCUCACCCAGCACAAUAGAUCAGCAGGGGCCUUCCUCUUCAGAUGUUCCAAGCACAUCUCCUGUACAAAGAUCAGUAAUACAUAAACCAUUCACACAAUCACGAAUUCCUCCUGAUCUGCCAAUGCAUCCAGCACCAAGGCACAUCACUGAGGAAGAGCUUUCUGUCCUAGAAGGCUGUCUACAUCGCUGGAGGACUGAAGUAGAAAACGACACUAGAGAUUUACAAGAAAGUAUAUCUAGAAUACAUCGGACAAUUGAAUUGAUGUACUCCGACAAAACAAUGGUCCAAGUUCCUUAUAGAUUACAUGCUGUGCUAGUUCAUGAAGGUCAAGCUAAUGCAGGACACUACUGGGCAUAUAUUUAUGACCACCAUCAGAACAGAUGGAUGAAGUACAACGACAUUUCUGUGACAAAGUCAACUUGGGAAGAGUUGGAACGGGACUCUUUUGGUGGUUACAGGAAUGCCAGUGCAUACUGUUUAAUGUAUAUCAAUGAUAAGGAACAGUACUUGAUACAAGAGGAGUUUAAUAAAGAAACAGGACAGAUACUUCUAGGAAUGGACACACUACCUUCUGAUCUAAGAGAUUAUGUCAAGGAAGACAAUAAACGUUUUGAAAAAGAACUAGAAGAAUGGGAUGCAGAACUUGCUCAGAAGGCACAGCAGGAAAAGUUGCUAUCUCAGAUUCCCAGGGCACCAGCACCCUCACCUGCACCAGUUCAAGCAGGAGAACCAGAAUAUUUAGAGCAGCCAUCAAGAACUGAUCUUUCAAAGCACUUAAAAGAAGAUUCUGUACAAGCGAUCAAUAAAGCUUUAGCUGAACAAGAAGACAGAGGUCCAGAAGCAAUAAUGGAUACGAGCUCUGAUAAUGCCCCAGCUCCACCAGCUCCUAACCAGCGAGUUGUAGAGGUGGCGAUCCCUGAUGUAGGGACUUUUGUGAUUGAGUCAGAGGAGGGGGGUUAUGACGAUGAGGUCAUGCUGACCCCGAACAUGCAAGGUAUUAUCAUGGCUAUAGGUAAAGCCAGGAAUGUUUAUGACAGGUGUGGGCCAGAAGCAGGGUUCUUUAAGGCAAUUAAAUUGGAAUAUGCACGACUGCUAAAAUUAGCCCAGGAGGAUCCACCACCUGAAUGUGAUUAUCGUUUGCGUCACGCAAUUGUUUACUUCAUCCAAAACCAGGCACCAAAGAAGAUAAUUGAAAGAACGUUGCUGGAGCAGUUUGGAGAUCACAAUCUUAGCUUUGAUGAAAGGUGCCGUAACAUAAUGAAGGUUGCUCAAGCUAAGCUUGAAUUGAUAAAACCAGAUGAAGUAAACAUGGAAGAAUAUGAGAGAUGGCAUCAAGACUAUAGAAAUUUCAGGGAAACAACCAUGUUUCUCAUGGUAGGAUUGGAGUUUUUCCAAAAAAAGAGCUAUAUGGAAGCCUUGCUCUACCUUAUCUAUGCUUACCAGAAUAACAAAGAACUCUUGUCCAAAGGCCCAUACAGAGGGCAUGAUGAAGAGCUGAUAUCUCACUACAGACGAGAAUGUUUGCUAAAACUAAAUGAACAUGCUGCGGCACUGUUUGAAUCAGGAGAUGAUCAGGAAGUAAAUAAUGGCCUGAUCAUUAUGAAUGAGCUUAUUGUCCCAUGUUUGCCAUUACUACUGGUGGAUGAGAUGGAAGAAAAAGAUAUUGUUGCUGUGGAAGAUAUGAGAAACCGUUGGUGUUCAUAUCUUGGACAAGAAAUGGAACCUAACUUGCAAGAAAAGCUGACAGAUUUCCUGCCAAAACUGCUAGAUUGUUCUACAGAGAUUAAAGGUUUCAAUGACCCGCCAAAGUUACCAUCCUACUCCACACAUGAACUGUGUGAAAGAUACGCCCGAAUCAUGAUGUCACUCAGUCGAACUCCAGCUGAUGGAAGAUAAAUUCUGCAGCCUUCCUGAGCACAUUGUAUAAACUUUUUUAGUUCUUAAACCUUGCCUUCCUGUCACAGGGGUUGCUUGUUGCUGCUAUAGUUUUUAACUUUUUUAUUUUAAUAACUGCAAAAGAGAAAUGACUGUACAAACUUUAGCCAGACUGCAAACAAUUAAAGCUGAGAAUCGCAUGGCGCUCAGUCGUUUCAACCAGAAUUGAUGCAACAUGCAAGUCUGAUCAUUAUGGCAAAACUGCUUUUUUGCCACUUAUCUGUUACAGUAUUACUUUGCUUUUAUCUUAAGAUCCUUUACUUUAUCAACAGCUGUCUGGAUCAUUUUGUGACUGCAACUACUUUAAGUGUCCAGUGCUGUGUAAAUACAUGGUACUCGGUAGCUUGUAAAUGAAAUGAAAGAAUAAAGUUUUAUUUAUGGCUACUUCUGUGUUUGCAAGCAAAUACCUUGUGUAUUAGUGUAAAAUACGGGUAUUUUUAGAAGAGAGACAGUAUAUUGGUGGGUAACUCAAUUUUGUAGACAAGGUUCUUCAGGAUUUGUGGCCAGUUUAGUUGCAGGUAGUCAAAGAUUACUGUAUGUGAAUAUAUUGAAUACCUGUCACGGUAUUAUACACUGUUUUUUUUUUGUAUAUUCUUUUCUGAUCUGUGUGGUACUGCACCUGAACACUUUGGCGUGUGUGUGGCCAUGCCACACCGCCACACCUACUCUUAUGGCAAGGACUGGCUUCUGAAGCAAAACAAAAAUGGCACCUUCCUUUUCUUCUUAGGAAAAAAAAAAAAAAAAAAAAAAAAACUAUUUUCAGUAGAACUAUGACAACUGCUGUGCAAAAUUUUUAGAAAUUGAUUUGAGUAGAGGAAAUACAGGUUUUGAAAAAACGGACUUUGUGAAUCUUAAGGGUUAAUUAGGGGGUUGGUUAUUUUUAAUUGGUAUUUUAGUUAUGUAAGUGAGCAGAAAUAAAACCUUUCAUUAAUUCCUUACUUGAAAUGGGUUGCUGUUGUUGCAACAAAGUAUCUUGAAACCUUAUAUGUGUCCUAAUUAAAUUUCUGUCAGAAGUGAAAGAAAAGAUCUACAGGGCUUGUUUUGUAGAACUCAAAUACUGUCUGGUUUUAAUGCAGAAAUUUAAUUGUUUUGUGGAAAAAGAAAUGUAACGUGUCCUUAAGUAAUCCUGUUACCUGACACUAUUUUGAUUCCUGUUCUUUAUGGAGAACAUUUUGUAUUAGAACAGUAAAAUAUGUGAAUAUUUGUUUGUAUGUUUUAUUGGAGCAGCACUCAACUUCUUAUUACAGGCUUUCAAGUGGAGAAUAUUCUAAUUUCAGCUAACAAAAUAACACAGAGGGAGGGAAAGAUUGAUUGAAUUCAGACCACCUACAGAUGCAGUGGGAAUAAAUGUAGGAAUCUCACAUGCAAGAAGAGGCUGAGUUCACUCUUAGCAUGUGUCAGUCUUGAAAUUUGUUCACUACUGAGAUACACUGGAUUGUAUAUAGAGUAAAUAGAAUGUGGGCUUCACUUCAAAGUUUAAUUUAUUUAUUUUUUUCAGGGGUAUUUUCCUAUUUCAGUGCAGUACUACUCAGGAGCCUUUUCUUUUUUAGGUAUGUCUAUGAAAUAUGACCUUUCAAGGAAAAAGAUACACAUAUUAUGAAAAGGGUGAAGAUGCAUUUUAAAGGAUUUCACAUUUUGCAUCUACUGCGUUCCCAUCUGAAUAAUAUGCCUACUUAGCAUUAUGUAUUUUUACACAAGGUUUGGAACAGAUUAAAUUUGUCCUUUGCCUUUUAAGCAAUGGUUAAAAAAAAAAAAAAAUACAAGUAAAAGAGGACUUUUAUUUCUUUAUUGCUAACAGGUUUUGAAUUCAAAUGUUUGUGAAAAAUUGUAAGGAAAGCUCCUCUCUAACCCUUCAGGAACUAGUUAACCUCAGCAUCUGUUUAAUUUCCCAUGACAACCACAGGAGAAAAGGCACUCUUUCUAAGGUAAAAAAAAGGUAGAAAAUAUUUCAUUUAGGAAGAAUAUCUAAGGUAUUUAAAUUAUUGAGAUGUAAACAAGGACAAGGUUAUUAUUAUUAUUAUUAUUUAGUUUCAGCUUUUUCAGUGUCUUAGCAAGCAAAAAUAAUCCAUGGUAGGUCAUAAUACAAAAGAUAAAUAUGUAUUAAUUUUCUAAUGACUGUUCAAUUUUGAGUAGAACUGAGAAGAUCUGUCCAGUGGAGAAGAAAUAAAUAUAUAUGUAUUUUACUAUUUUAAUAUCUCUUAAGUAUUCUGUAUGAAUCUAAACAUUCAGCUAAAUCAUUAAGGUACUAUAUUGUCUUAAAAGGUUGCUUCUUUCACUGAAAUAAGAGAGCUUGUAUUCACAAUGCUUAGCACAACUGUUAAAGGUACAUCGGGAACUAAAUGCACGGGUAUUUUUUUUUCCAGAUUUUGCUUCAUACAGUGGAGGACCCUGAAGACAUGCAGCCUUUGUUAUGUACCUUUUUGUUUUGCCUUACUCACGUGGCUUCCUUUUAGAUGACCUGUAAUACUGCUGCACUUCCAUUGAUAUUUUGGUAGUAUUGGAAAUCUCGUUGUUUCUAGUUAAAGCUGUGAUUGCAGAUGUUAGCUCCAGCCUAGAAGACCAUGAGCAACAGGAGAAUUAAUAUGAACAAAGAGGACUGAUGAUGUAUUUGUUAGAAAUGAUCAUCUUGAAAUUACUCCAGACACAAGGGUAUAGACUAGUACUUCAUUACUGAGUCACCAUGCCUUUGUGGACAGAUGACACUGCAGUGAAUGACUGAUACAAUGAACAGAUUUGCUCUAGAAAGCGUGAGGUAUGAGUACAGUCAAAAGCAUAUGUUUCACAUUCAACCAUAAAAAAAAAAAAAAAUCAUGUCUGUAUUACACCUAAAUAUCUUUCAGAUUAUUUUUAGGCUACUCUGACAUGCAUGUGAAAACUGCUGCUCCAGAAAAGUACCUGGCAUGAACAGUAGCACACAGGACAGUCUGAUAUUGUCCAACAAGUAAAAAA